UUAAGAGCCAAAUAAGACUUGAUUCAAGGUAUAUGUUUCUUGACACAAUAUAUAAACAGUACAGUUACACAAUGCCCCCUCCAAGAUCCCUCCAUCAAUUAAGCAAAACCGCCAGUUCUCAAAGCCAGUAAUCCAGUACUCAGUCCAUGAAAUGUAGGUCGGUCGAGUAUAUAUGAAGCCUUUGAGAUGGAUGCCAAGGUCGUCUUGUCAUGAUCGUUCGAAGGGAUGUUUGGUGCAGGCGUUUAUUUCUUGCACUUCUUCUCAAUGUGGUGCCACUUCUCGCCCUUGGGGCACUUGCACUUGUGGUGCUUCUUGGUGUAAACCUUGCCGGAGUCGUGGCAGACGCACUCGCUCUUGGCGUGAUCCCAGGAAGCAUGCUUGCCGCAGUGGUGAAGAAUGCUGCGAGCUUCGAUAUCAGCGGGCUCGGCGUCGGGGUUGGGGAUGGCAGUGACUGUGCCCAUGGCGAGAAGAGCGCCGAGGAAAGCCUUGUUCAGAAGCAUGAUGAAGGUUUGAGUUGGUAGCUGAGUGUGUGUGUGAUUGGUCUGUGUUCAGAAGAUGGAUGAGAGAGUUGUGUUGUGAAUGGUGAAUGAUACUUUAAGAGCUGGAGGGCUCAUAAGGUUAUAUACCUCUGAGCUUACACAGGACCUCACCCAGGUCAAGUGAGCUUCAAGCACCUGUGGACCGUGAAUAUUGAAACUUCCCGUCUCGGAUAUCGGCCUCUUAGUCAAACAC